AUGGUGCCCAAAGCAAAGAGUCGUGCAUUGUCCAAAAAGACAGCCAAUGCAAACCAUUGUAAACAUGAAGAACUGACUUCCGGCCCGUCUACUCAUGCACUAAAAGCAGGCUAUCGCCAUCACACCAAUUCGCAGGUUAUGAUUGCUGCCAGCGGGAGCCGGAAACGUAAAGCUGCUGAUGGAGCCGAAGUUAUUCUUGAGGCUUUCCCAUCAACAUUGGGUCUUCCAGACGAUGAUAUCACGUUUGACCCGAAAUACCCAACACAAAGCAAGCACGCGUGGAUGAAAAUUCCGGAAAGAAACCCAUUGACGACAAGAAGGAGUGUGAUAUACGUGGCUGAGCCUGCCAAAAUCGACGACAGCGUCAGGUUCAUGAAAGACUGGUCCCGCCCUAUUAUUCGAGGGAAAGCAAUACCGAAAUCCAAAAGCCAAGAACCAAUUGACAUGGAAUCUCUUGUUGCUUACUUGAAAGCUUUCUACCAUGGGCUUGAGGUAAGAGUACUGCCUGUGGCAUUGACUUUCAGUGCCUGGGAAGGCGAACCGACACCAAACUCUGGCAAGACGGUACCUGCAGAUCCUAGUGACAUUGACAAGAUCAGAUCUGUCGGGCUCUCUACUGGUGACGAAUUGAUUCGGAUUCGUGUGCGCGAGACUCCAUGGCGAGAUGAGUCUUCCGCCCACAACUAUUUCCCUUACCAAUACCAACUCGAUCUCAACGACAUGACUGAUGUAGCAUUGUCAUUACUGCCAUCGGAUGCCUACGCACUACUCCUUACAGCCGAACAUGAUCUCUACGAAUCAAUCGAUGACGAUUUCUGUUGUGGAAGGGCGUGGGGUGCAAGCAGAGUGGCGAUCGUGAGCAGUGCUAGAUAUCAUCCUGUGCUUGAUGACCUGCACGGUGUCGACUUUGCACACGUGUGGCCAGCGAGUCACUGUACAGAAUAUGUGGACGGCAUGAGUUACGUUGAUAUCGAUGAGUCUAUGCUGGAUGUUAGGACUCAGAACACAAUCAAGAAAAGAGUUAAGACUUCAGACGCAAUAAACAAAUCCGCCGACGUGUUGGCCAGUCCACUAGAACGUGCCGUCAGAGCUCAUCAGCUCACAAGAUCACCAACGGCGUCGGAUCUACGCUCUGCCUUCCUCCUUAGAUUCUGCCGCACUGCCUCACACGAACUCGGGCAUUGCUUUGGACUUGACCACUGCAUGUACCGGGCUUGCGCCAUGCAGUCGACUUCUUCUGUGGCUGAGGAUAUGCGGCAACCCCCGUACCUGUGUCCCGUUUGUGAGGCAAAAGUCGCGUGGGCAGUACUGACCAAGACUUCCCAUAGCCAAGAUUCUUCGAAGCCGGCUUCGAAGGGAAGGGGUAAAAGAAAGGUUGAUGAAGUGGCACCGGACUGGGACGAGAAGGAGCUGCGGUGGAAGAAAGACAGGCUGAUGGCUAUGAAAGACUUUUGUGAAGGACAUGGCUCUGGAUUCUCGGGAUUGGCUGCUUGGUCCGCUGGGAUAUUGGAGUUGAUGGGUGGGACGAUCUGCUGA